CAGCCGGUCGCCUUUAUCCAAUGGCUGCUCGCCAUACAGCAGUGAUGGCUCCGUCUGCCUCUCUGACGGCUCCAGAAGACCCCAUGACUCUACGAACGGGCAGUGCCGGCCUGGAAAACUUCACUCGCCUGUCUAAAGAUCAGCUCGCGCUAAUCUCACGCAUCGUCACUGAAGCGGCUCAAGCGAGUCCCCACGGCCAGAGCACGACCUUUGGCAAGCUUCUGGAUGCCUACCACACAGUGCUGUCUAGAUUGGGCUACGGCAAGCGCGAAAAAGAGGCGGAAACCGAGAUUUAUUCCGCGUUGCUCAAGCUUGGCUUGCGUCCUGGCGCUGACUGGAUCGCCAAAUGGCAAGGCGUCCUGUCACACAUUGAACAGCUUGGUCUUCGCGACAGCCAAGGCGAGCAUGACCAGCCUAUCGCGCCAAAACGGCAACUUGCAACACCGCGAACCAACGCGACGAGCAAUCUAGAACGAGCGAUUAGCGAACUCAGCGUGGGUCAAAGCUCCCAUAGAGGUCGUAUGCGCUAUGUUUCGUCAGGUGACGAAGAGCCACCACCUGCAGCCGCGUCUCGCAUUGCUCGCGAUAGUCCGAUCCCAGCGAAACUGCGCUCAAUCACCCAUUUAGCUUCGCGCAAAGUCAGCAGCGACAGCGAUGGUCUCGCCGUACCUUCAUUGAGCAGCCGUAUGCUCGCACCUCUAGCUCGAAGUACGACAGGAAUGACGAAAGACGCCGCUGCAGAAGCCGCGCAGAUCAAACAUCAAGCUGUGUUGCAUGACCGCCGCUUGGUCUUGUCGCGAGGCUUGACCAUCUGGCGUGACCGUCUUGAACGCGUGCAUGCUAUUACCGGCACCGCAGACCAAUGUAGCAGACGCUUCGCCCUCCAGCAUGUCUUGAGGCAUUGGCAUGUUGCGACCUGGCAACAACAAUGUCUCAAGGACGUUGCAGACCGUUUGCGCCUCACACUCGAUUGUCACUUGAGAGCGAGAACUAUGCAGAACAUGCUCAAUGUCUAUCGGCAUCGCAUAGAAGCUCGUCAUGCUCAGAUGCUUGACCGAAAGUGCGACAAACUCGUUCGCGCAAGGAAUCGCAAACUCGCGACAAGCAUCUUCGUGCAGUGGCUCGCCCGCGCUGCUGCCGAACAAAGCGCGACAGACGUAGUGCUACGCUUUGCACGCCGGACGUUUGAAUGCUGGCAGAAACGUGCGGUCCAACAGCAGAGCUUACGCACCCGAUUCCUUAAACUGCAGCAUCGUCAAGACAGGCAGCUUCGCUCGGCAGUGCUGUCGCGUUGGCGACGUCGCACAGAGCUUGCGAUCAGAUGCAGUGACUUCGCACGGGACAAUGUUUAUGACAUUAUGCUGCGAACAUUUCUUCACUGGCGUCGCUUGAAGACUGAUGCCCUCGUAUGUCAGCGAGUCCACAGACUGGCUCUGGCUGGCAACAGCAUAAGAAAAUGGCGCAGCAGCCUAGCAGCGAUUGAUGCGGGUAACUCGGAAGCUGCCGAGCUGCGAAGACUCAAUGACAUGCGCAUCAUCGCCAGACUGUUGCGGUAUUGGCAAUUGCGAAUGAAAGAAGUGCAAAUACUCGAGUUUGCUGAGGUCAAGCUGCAGGCCAAUGCACUGUGGCUCUGGCACGCUCGCAUUGUCGAGAAUGAGAUCAAUUCCAAGGAAUCGAUUGCCGUGCUGCAAAGCAACAAAACCAAUAGACUACGAACACGAGCGCUCGAUACAUGGAUCGCGCGAAGACAAGCUAUCCGGGGGUCCGAGCAGGUGGCGAAUGCUAAAUACGCAUUCGGCUUGCUUCAGAGUGUACUGCGCCAAUGGAGCCAAGCUCGCAUAUUUCGUAUAGCUCAGCAAAGUCAAGCGUCUCGGGUGCAUGCUGGCUCAAUCAAGCGCCGUUAUUUGCAAGUCUGGCGCCUGCACCUUCAGAGGCGACGGCAAAAUUCUCUGCUUGCUCGCAAGCAGCUGGUCGAUCUCAGCUUCGCAUUCGAUGUAUGGCGAGCCGCUGCUCGUCGCGCGAUCCACGAUCAUCAUCGAAUAGCACUUGUGCAGGCCGAUUCAUGCCAUAGGAGAUUGCACACGACAAUAUCUAUCUGGCUCGAGCGUGUCAUCGGCGCGCGCACGCGUGAAGAAGCCGUCGAUGCCACGCGAGAGACGGCGGUCGUGCGCCAGGCGUUGAGCAGAUGGAGGGAGAAGAGUGCUCGCUUAAAGGAUCGUGAAAGGCUCGCAAGCAGCUACCGUGAUGUUGCGGCGGAAGGCAAUCGCAAACGACUCUUCAAAAUCUGGUUGAUGAAAACGCGUCGCAAGCAAGAGAGUCGGCGCGCACUUCGGGUGCGUUUUUUGGGUACAAUGCAGAGCAAGACUGCCGCCAUCUUUCGGCACUGGUACAUUCUCGCAAAAGCCAGGCGGUUGCAAGAACCUGCUGCCCUUCUGCUGCAAGCAAGAGAAGAGGCGCUGUUAGACAGCGCAUUUAAGGCAUGGGCUGGCAAGACACAGGUGCUGCCGGCCCUCGAAUUUGCAAAGCACCACACAAAGCGACACGCGUUCAGACUAUGGCACGAGCGUCUGCCGCUUCAGGCUGCACUCAAUGAAGCAGUUGGGUGGCGGCAUCAGCGCAUCGCCGCGAGCGUUCUAGGUAUCUGGCGGACGAAGCGCAUGGAUCGGUCGGCUGCGCGCGCGGCUCAACGCUUUCGCUCUUUCGCGAUCACGCCCGCUCCAAAGAUCAUGCCGAACAUCGAGUCUGCUCGGACAGAUGUACUGCCUAGCUUCUCACACAAACUGCGACAGGCAAGUGAUCUGUUCACGGAUCAUUCGAAUCCUUCGAGGAGGCUCGCUCUACGGCGGCUUGCAAGAUCAGCGUCGACCUCGUCAGCAUCGUCCGAAACGUCGAUAGAAUCUCAUCUCCCCAGAGCAAGAUCGUAUCUGACGCUCACGUCUACCCCGCGGACUAGGCGUCCGUGAUGUAUGAUCACACGCGAGCUGAUCUGUUGAAUGCAUACUUGAGGGCAGUCCGGGGGCUCUCGGCUCGGCAUCUGUGU